GCGUGAGUGUUGAAGAGAGGUGAAGAGAGAGACAGAAGAUGUGUGCGUAAGAGAGCUCUCGCUCACUCACAGAAGGUGUGAGAGAGGCUUUCUGUCUUACUGACCGAGCGACAUUUCCAGACUGAAUGGAAUACAACAGCGUUCUGUCCAGGUACAGAAGGGUAAAUCUCCUUCGAGACAGGCCGGGGGCUUGAAGACUGGGACUGUUGCGUAUGUCUGUGUGUGUUAAAGAGAGAGAAAUCGUAUGUGUGAGCUAAAGCUCUCCGUUCUGCAUGGGACAAUAUAACGGGCACAGCAAUUGUGUGAGGAAACAAUGACCAAAAAACACAAAAAAGAGUUUCAGCAAGUUCUUUGGAUAUCCUGAUGAGUGAUGGUGAGGAGGAGAGCUCCUUCCUCUCACUGCCUAAUUCUGUCCUUCAGCGCCAUUGUUUGACCUCUGACCUCUCUGAAGUGGCAUCCUCUGAGCAGCAACAGCUACUGAUACAGAAGGUUACCUUGUCCUGUUCCUGGAUGUCUGCCUAUACGCUGCAGGAACGGGUUUGUGAGUUUCAGGCGCGCCUCCGCAGUGAAGACGCUGCUAAAAGACUCUUGCUGAAGAGCCUGCAGUCGCACGACCACCAGAUCAACCAAGAACAUCCAUCAAAUAAUCAAGAACAUCCACUUGUUCACCAAGAACCUCACGAGCAGCCCAGACAGCUGAGCAGUCAGCUCAACCAAGCUGUAUCGCCCACAGGUACCAGGGUCUCUAAUGCUUUAAAUCAGAGGUCUGUGGAUUUUUCCAACGCUUUACAAAUAAAUAAGGUUCAAUCCAAAGAACGGCUCCAAAAAGACGAAGGGGAACAACUCGCUCUCAUCACAGGGCUACGCACACAGGUCAAGGAGCUGGAGGAGAAACUAGUGCACCAGACGCAGGAGGUGGAGAGACUGCGCUCUGAGCUGGGGGCGACAGAUCUGGAGAAACAGCUGGAGGUGCUGGAGACUGAGAACCAGCGUCUCAAACAGGAGCUGAGGGCUAGUCACGGCCAACAGCCUCCGACCACCUGCUCUACCCCCCACUGCCCACACAGCCAGAAUGUGGAGGUCCUGCGAGGCGAGCUGUGUCGUAAAGAGGAGGAGUGCCGUGAGCGGGAGCAGCGUCUGGCUGCGCUGGAGCAGGAGGUGCAGGUGAAGACCGGUAUGGUGGUAAAGCUCCAGCAGCAGUUAGAGGAGGCCGCACGGCACAGACAGCAGCUCCAGCGGCAACUGGAGGAGACGUCGAUGCACAGGAGCCAGAACGAGGAGCAGUUAACCUCACGACUUCAUGAUGCCGAGGAGGCUCUGUCACGCCAGGCUGCGCUGCCCCCACAGGUCAAGUAUGUGACUAGGACGGUUGAAGUGGAGUCGUCUCAGUGUAAGCAGGCUUUAAUGGAGGCUCAGGCUCGUAACCAGAUGCUUCAGGAGCAGCUGGGUGUGCAGAGACAACUCCUCAGAGAACUGGAACAACAGCUCCACGAGUCCCAGAGAACCAGCAGUCAGCUACGUCAGCAGAUUCUCGUGCAUGAGGGUGAGAUGGAGAGAGCUCAGUGUCAGCUGGAGGCCGAGAUGCAGAGUCUGGAGGAGGAGAAGAACAGAGUGAUCGAGGAAGCAUUCAUCAGAGCCGAGAGCGAGAUGAAGGCCGUCCACGAGAACCUCGCAGGCGUGCGGAUGAACCUCCUGACCCUGCAGCCGGCUCUGAGGACGCUCACUUGCGAUUACAACUGUCUGAAGAGGCAGGUGCAGGACUUCCCUUACAUGCUGGAGAAAGCCAUCGCCGAGGCAAAGCAAGAGAUCUGUCAGGUGAUCGGAGAGGUGAGCAGCGCAAACCAAGAACUGCUGAGGAAAUACAAGCGCGAGAUGAACCUGAGGAAGAAAUGCCAUAAUGAGCUGGUGCGCCUCAAAGGAAACAUUCGCGUGUUGUGCCGAGUACGUCCCAUCUGCCCCGGAGAAGCAGAUGCUGCUGAGACCAAAAACCUCGUGACCUUUGACCUUGAUGAUGACGCUGCUCUUUACCUGUCCAAUAAGGGCAAGCUCAUGACCUUUCAACUUGACAAAGUCUUUCCUCCUCAGGCUACUCAAGAAGAGGUGUUCCAGGAAGUGCAGUCUCUGGUCACCUCCUGUAUCGAUGGCUUUAACGUAUGCAUCUUCGCCUAUGGGCAGACAGGUUCUGGAAAGACCUACACUAUGGAGGGCGUUCCUAAUGACCCUGGCAUUAACCAGCGCGCUCUCCGGCUGCUCUUCUCUGAAGUGUCGGAGAAGAAGCCAGACUGGGAUUACAAGAUCACCGUCAGCAUGGUGGAAAUCUACAACGAGACGCUUCGAAAUCUUCUGGGUGAUAAUCCGAAUGAGAAGCUUGAUAUAAAGAUGUGUCCGGAUGGGAGUGGGCAGCUGUAUGUGCCAGGACUCACCGAGUUCACCGUGGAGAGCGCGGAGGACAUUAACAAGGUAUUUGAACUGGGUCACAUGAACAGGGCAACGGCAUGUACCAAUCUAAAUGAGCACAGCUCUCGCUCUCACGCCCUCCUCAUCAUCACCGUAGCGGGUUUCAACUCAUCAACAGGCCACCGUACCUCAGGUAAGCUGAAUCUGGUCGAUCUGGCCGGUUCUGAGCGAAUCGCCAAAUCCGGUGCUGAGGGCAGCCGUCUGCGUGAGGCUCAGUGCAUCAACAAGUCACUGUCUGCGCUGGGUGAUGUCAUCAACGCACUGCGCUCCAAACACUCACACGUGCCCUUCCGAAACUCCCGCCUCACAUACCUCCUGCAGGACUCGCUGAGUGGAGAUAGUAAAACCCUCAUGAUGGUGCAGGUGUCUCCUCUAGAGAGUAACGUCAGCGAAUCUGUCUGCUCUCUGAAGUUUGCUCAGCGUGUUCGGACUGUUGAGAUCGGCCUCUCGUCGUCAUCACGACGACAAGCAGAGAACUCUUCAACAUCCUCCUCACCUACACAUGACAGCGUGGAGCUGGACUCUCCUCCCGUGACUCCUGUCGCACUUCCCAUCUCAAGGGCCAGUAGCGCAGGUUCGACCCUCUCCUCCACCUCUAAAAGCAGCACCCGCCAGAGGUCCCACAGCCAGCUUUCCACAGAGAGACAGGUAGACAGAAGCAGCCCAUUGGCUGGGGACGGUGGGCAGGUAGGUGGGGUUUUAUGUGGUUGGUCGCUUGGCAUGAAAACGCUCAGCAUGGCAUGGUGCCCCACGCGUCACCUGGUCAAUGCCCACCCAUCUAACACAGCGCCUUUAACCCCAAGAAGCUUUGUGACGAAUGAAGUUGAUAGCGUGACAGACGCCUCAAAAACGGAGCACUGAGAGAUGCCCACCUUCAGUGCCGUUCAUCCUCCACAGCUCUCGACCAAUCAGCUCCCUCCUUGAGGAUUCUACCAAUGAUAUUCUGCUUCCUGGUAAGGAAGGAGCUUAACUGGCAAAUCAGGGUUUGUGUUAUCAACCACGACGAUGAGUGACCUCAACCGAAUUAACAUUCCUAAUCAUUGGACGUGAUUUAUAAUGAUACGUGAUUGAAGAUAAGGACCAUCCCCCUGACCUCUCGACAGCAUCUGCUGCCUCAGGAUGUGGAGAUCCUUCUGUUACGGCAAAGUAUUUCCGGGCAAUAAUGCACUUUAGUCGAGACUGUCAUUUGUAGUGUUAAUGUUACGUAAAUGCAUUUGAUUUACAAUGCUUGAAUGUGCGUGUUUGUAUUAUCUGUGUCCGAGCGGGAUAUUUUCAUUUUGAUUCCUUGAGAUCUUAAAGGGAUACUUCACCCAAAAAUGAAAAUGCUGUCAUCAUCUACUCAAAAAUUCUUUGUUCAGCUGAACACUAUGGAAGAUAUUUGGAAGAAGGUCAGUAACCAAACAUAUCUCAUCCCCCAUUUACUGCCAUAGUGCGGGGUGAGAUCUGCUUGGUACUGACAUUCUUCCAAAUAUCUUCCUUUGUGUUCAACAGAACAACAAAAUUUAUACAGCUUUGGAACAACCUGAGGGUGACUAAAUGAUGACAGAAUUUUCAUUUUUGGGUGAACUAUCCCUCUAAAGAGAUCCUUGUCUCCUUAAGAGAACUUUUUCUUUAUCAAUCUCUUAAAUUUUUCUGCAAGAAAAAUUAAUACCUUUAGAACUGACACACGUUGAAAACCGUUUAAUCGUGACAAUAAGAAAUAAUGCAAAGAGUUUGAUUUCUCGGUAGCAUUGUGUAUUUUUUGUAUAUACUAUAGAAACUCAAAGGCCAUUUAAAGCCUGGACGUGUCUUCCUGAUCCAUGCAUGUGUUGAGACUGUCAGAAUGUGCUCGAAUUUUUGUUUCUUUUUAUGACAAUCAUUAAAGAUUUUCAUGAUGAACAUGAUGCUAUACAGUGUUUGCUGAACUCUGCGAGUAAACAGGAUGAGGACUAGAUUUGUAAAUAUGUAUGCAUUCAUAUGACCCCUCCCUGAGCUAAAAGUACGUAAACAGUGGACACGUUUGACUUGAACUGUAAAAAUCCACCAGUUUGUGGCUCUGAGGGUCUUGCUUGUAUUCACAUUGAUGUACGUUUGUAUACAGUUUUGUUUUUGUACACUGUUUUUAAUAAAUGCUCUGA